AUCACGGCUAGACGAGUCCUUUUUAAGAACUAAGAAGAAAAGUCUGAUUCCUUUUUCCCUCCUCUUCCAUUAAUUCCUCCAUUAGAACCUCGAGAGUCUGGGAAAAUUAUAAGAAAAAGAAGCCCUGGCUCGCUAAAGCCAGCGUCAAUCUUCAUUUAGGAAUCGCGAAAGAGGGCGGAGCGGUGGAAAAGAAUCCUUGCAAUUGUGUCUGCAGGAGAUGAUUUUGUUGAUGACUUCAGGGCUGUUUUGGUCAGCGCUACCAGGGAUCAUCUAUCACCUCAUUUUUUCUCGUCCAGCGAGGCUGUUUGGCUAAUUAGCAUGUUAAAGUGCUUAAACGGGUUAGGUUUUCUGUUUCAGUCAAUGUUGGUACUGUUAAUGGAACGAUAGUGCUUUUACUUUCCGAUGUAAAUUGUGGAUUAGGAGCGAAGUUGGUGCAAGAACCUCAAUUUUCCACUGUGCAGCUCACAAGGCAUCCGAACAUAUUGAUGAAUUUGGAUAGUUUACCCCUUUCCAAUCUGGGGAAGGUUCUUUCUCUACUUAUAAUAUCUUUCGUUGUAACUGAUGGGAAAUCAAUCGUGAGCUCCAAAUCAUCAAACAGGAGAGCAUCAAAGCGGGAGUUAGACACAAAGCAUGCGAACACUCAAAACAAAAUUGUUUUGCUGCAUAAUUUUUACAGAUCUAAAGUGGAGCCACCGGCGAGUGACAUGUUACAAAUGAAAUGGCUGGAAGAAGCUCAAGAUGAAGCUCAAGAAUGGGCUGAGAAAUGUAAAUAUCUUAAACACAAUAAAGGUGUCAAGAGGAGAGUUGAAAAUUUUGGUUCGUGUGGCCAAAACAUAUUUGUCUCUAACACGCAGAAAGAUUGGAUGCAUGUUAUAAAAUCAUGGUAUUUGGAGCACCGAAAUUUUACUUAUGGAAGUGAUAAAAAUAAAUUAGAACAGGUUGGCCAUUAUACACAGAUGGUUUGGUACAACAGUCACCGCCUUGGAUGCGGAUUCCAUCAUUGCGGGAAAGAUAAAGUGAAAACUCCAUUUUACAAUUACGUGUGCAAUUACUGCCCAAUAGGCAACGAUCCCAAGCGCUUAAGCAAACCGUAUACGACUGGGAAACCCUGUGAUAAGUGUCCAAAGUAUUGUAAAUAUAAGAAACUUUGCAAAAAUAGUUGUCCUUUUACAGACUUUUUCGUCAACUGUGCAGAAAUCAAUGUUACAUGGCACUCCUGGCUCUGUGACGAUGACCAACUGGAAAAAUUCAGUGGCUGCAAAGCUACUUGUCGAUGUCCAAAUGCAAUUCUGUGAUCUACUUAGCCGCAUCUUUUUUCACAUUUUUAAAUGAAUAUAUAAUUUCAUUCCUAUGAUAUCUCUUCUUUUGUAAAUUUAUGAUUAUGCCAAAAAAAACUUAUUUA